GCUGUCGCGGGCGGGGGCGGUUGGACUGGCAGCUUGACGCUCGUGGCCAUGGAGAGGGGCUCCGAGUCUGCGGCUGUGAGGCGGCACCGCGUCGGAGCGGAGCGUCGGGAAAGACCUGCGUUCCAGCCGCGACCGGAGAGGGAGGCCUUGGCGCAGGAGCCUCUGGAGGACGCGGGCGGCAGCGGCGGCGGUGUUGGGAGCGGGAGGACGCGGAAGAGGAGCGCGGGGGACCCGGGGACCGGGCUGUCCGAGGCGCGCGCCGCGCUUUGGCUCGCGCUCUACCUGCUGGCGCUGCGGGCGCUGGUGCAGCUCUCGCUGCAGCAGCUCGUGCUGCGCGGGGCCGCCGGGCUCCACGGCGACUUCGAUGCGCGCCGCGCCAGAGAUUCUCUUGAACAUAUAACAUCCAUUGGCCCUAGGACCACAGGAAGUACAGAAAAUGAAAUUCUGACUGUGCACUACCUUUUGGAACAGAUUAAACUGAUUGAAAUACAAAGCAGCAGCCUUCACAAGAUUUCAGUAGAUAUACAACGCCCCACAGGUUCCUUUAGCAUUGACUUCUUGGGAGGUUUUACAAGCUACUAUGACAACAUCACCAAUGUUGUGGUAAAGCUGGAACCCAGAGAUGGAGCCCAGCAUGCGGUUCUGGCUAACUGUCAUUUUGACUCAGUGGCAAAUUCACCAGGUGCCAGUGAUGAUGCAGUUAGCUGUUCAGUGAUGCUGGAAGUCCUUCGUGUCUUGUCAACAUCUUCAGAAGCCUUACGGCAUGCUGUGGUAUUUCUCUUCAAUGGAGCUGAGGAAAAUGUCCUGCAAGCCAGUCAUGGUUUCAUUACUCAGCACCACUGGGCCAGCUCUAUUCGUGCAUUUAUUAACUUGGAGGCUGCAGGUGUUGGAGGGAAGGAACUCGUAUUCCAAACAGGCCCUGAAAAUCCUUGGUUGGUUCAAGCUUAUGUUUCGGCAGCUAAACACCCUUUUGCUUCUGUGGUGGCUCAGGAGGUUUUUCAGAGUGGAAUCAUUCCUUCAGAUACUGACUUCCGUAUCUACAGGGAUUUUGGGAACAUUCCAGGAAUAGACUUAGCUUUUAUUGAGAACGGAUACAUUUAUCACACCAAGUAUGACACAGCGGACAGAAUUCUGUCAGAUUCUAUUCAGAGAGCAGGUGACAACAUUUUAGCAGUCCUUAAAUAUCUAGCUACAUCUGAUAUGCUGGCUUCUUCGUCUGAAUAUCGACAUGGAAACAUGGUCUUCUUUGAUGUCUUUGGCCUGUUCGUUAUUGCCUACCCCUCUCGUAUUGGCUCAGUAAUAAACUAUAUGGUGGUAGUAGCUGUUGUAUUGUACCUGAGCAAAAAACUGAUGCAGCCCAAACAUAAGACUAUUAACUACAUGAAAGACUUCUUGUGCGGACUUGCCAUCACUCUCAUUAGCUGGUUCACUAGCCUUGUUACAGUUCUCAUUAUAGCAGUGUUCAUCUCUCUUAUUGGACAGUCUCUUUCAUGGUAUAACCACUUCUAUGUCUCCGUGUGUUUGUAUGGAGCUGCAGCUGUAGGCAAGAUAAUAUUCAUACAUACCCUUGCAAAAAGAUUUUAUUAUGUGAAUGCCAGUGACCAGUAUCUGGGAGAAGUGUUUUUUGACAUCUCACUGUUUGUGCAUUGUGGUUUUCUCAUAAUUCUCACUUAUCAAGGAUUUUGCUCGGCAUUCAUUAGUGCUGUCUGGGUAGUGUUUCCAUUGCUCACAAAGCUUUGCGUGCACAAGGACUUUAUGCAACAUGGUGCCCAAGGAAAAUUUAUUGCCAUUUACCUUUUGGGGAUGUUUAUUCCUUAUAUUUAUGGUCUCUACCUUAUCUGGGCUGUGUUUGAGAUGUUUACCCCUAUUCUUGGGAGAAGUGGUACGGAAAUCCCACCUGAUGUUGUGCUGGCAUCCAUUUUGGCUGGUUGUAUAAUGAUUCUCUCUUCCUAUUUUAUUAACUUUAUCUACCUUGCCAGAAGCACCAAAAAAACCAUGCUAACUCUAAUUUUGAUAUGCACAGUUACAUUCCUCCUUGUUUGCAGUGGAUUUUUUUUCCCAUAUAGCUCCAAUCCUGCUAAUCCAAAGCCAAAGAGAGUGUUUCUUCAGCAUAUGACUAGAACAUUUCAUAACUUGGAAGGAAACAUAGUUAAAAGGGACUCUGGAAUAUGGAUCAAUGGGUUUGACUAUACUGGAAUGUCUCACAUAACACCUCACAUUCCUGAGAUCAACGAUACAAUCCGAGCUCACUGUGAGGAGAAUGCCCCACUUUGUGGUUUCCCAUGGUACCUUCCUGUGCACUUUCUGAUCAGGAAGAACUGGUAUCUUCCUGCUCCAGAAGUUUCUCUGAGAAAUCCUGCUCAUUUCAGACUUAUAGCCAAAGAACAGACACCAUGGGAUUCUAUAAAGUUGACUUUUGAAGCAACAGGACCAAGCCAUAUGUCAUUUUAUGUGCGGACCCACAAAGGGUCAACACUUUCUCAGUGGUCUCUUGGCAAUGGCACCCCAGUCACAAGUAAAGGAGGGGACUACUUUGUAUUUUAUUCCCAUGGACUUCAAGCCUCCCCAUGGCAGUUCUGGAUAGAAGUGCAGCAGGUCUCAGAAGAACAGUCUCAAGGAAUGGUCACUGUGGCCAUUGCUGCCCACUAUUUUUCUGGAGAUGACAAGAGAUCUUCUUAUCUGGAUGCUCUGAAGGAGAAGUUCCCAGAUUGGACAUUUCCCUCUGCCUGGGUGUGCACCUACAGUCUCUUUGUGUUUUAAUAUUGUGGAUGAGUUCUGAGUACAUGCCCAGUGGAUACUCUAUGUGACAUGGUUUCUUCUGUGUUACGUGGAUGUUUGUACUGUAAGUCAAUGAAUGUUAACGAGUAUAUAUUCAAAGAGCUUUUGGGGUUAACACUUUUUAGGGCCAUGCACUGCAUAGGAUAAACUGUGGGACAGUGAUUCAUGGCCUUUUUGACACUUGAAAAUGCCAGUUUUCUGGCACUUAAGCACAUGUGGGUACUGCCACUACACAUGUCAUUUUAUAUGACUUUAAGGGCAAAAGCCAGUAAACCACUUCAGUAGCUGUCCUUCUAGGAUCAAGGAAGGUGUAGACUUUCAGACCACUGUUAAUGAGCUAAAUGUCAUUUUCAAGUAAAGCCCCAUUGUUGUGUCCAUGGGUGGUAUGUAGAAUACCACUCACUGAUUCUCUGGAGAUCUAAUGCUGUAGAUCACUGGAAAGUGACUGCCAUAAGGACUGGAAGAAGCAUGGACCUUUGAGGCUCUAGGAGCCCUAUUUCUUCAGGUAGUCACUAGGGUAAGCUUAGUCUCUGUGCUGAAGCCUGCUCCAAAUACAGAUCCUUGUACUGACCUGGUGACUCACUGUCCUGACAAGUGGUCACCAACAGCCAUUGCUGUGCUGCUUUCUGAGGUGCUUUUCAGUGCCUGUUUUCCUCUAAAAUUUAUGUGUUCCCCUUUACCAAUUUCUAAAGAGGGAACAUUUGUUCAGCUACAUUUCCCAUGUUCUUUUGGUUCCUAAAAUUGUGCAUGUACAGGCCCUGCUCAUCCUUCCUCAGUGUGCUGAGUUGCCAGUGUAGCUAUUCUGGGGUAGGAGGACAUGGUGGAGGGGUGGUUGGGAAUGGUGGGCAUUUUAUAAAUACUCUAUUUUGUAGGAAUCUUUUGUUAUACCAGGUUAAUUCUUUAGACAUAAUUUUACUGAUGCACUGGGUUCUUCUGUUUUCUAGCCAGUUGAAUAAUUUCUAGGUAACUCACUGUCCCAUGGAGCUGGCUUUCCUGAGACUUGAGGUUGGGGCUUGUACAGGAAUGAGAUCACCGUAUUGAUAGCUGUUAGUGUUCACAUCCCAUGUAACACCAGUGCUACGCCUUACAGGUGCUUUUUAUUUUGAAGAUGGGAGUGCAGCUUAUGAGGUGUGUCAUACAAACACCCUCACAUGUUUCAAUGCUCCAGUAGCGAUAGGAUUUGGUGAGCAUAAUUUAGUGGCAAAUUAUGCUAAGGUUGCCUUUUUUCCAUUAAGAAACGUAAAUAAUGAACAAAUUUUGAGUUAGCAAGCAUAGGCCAAAGUUGGGGGAGAAAAAGCCAAAAAUCUUCUCAGGUAAUGUGGGAAAUGUGGGAACAAGAAGGGUGCUUCUUGAAAAAAGUGGCCCUCAGAUGUGUCUCCAUAGCAAGAGCAUAGUAACUGCAGCACAGGAGAAAAUGUCCUCGAAAGUGCUACGUGAUGUCUGUGAUGUGCUUUCUUAGUUAUGCUCUUCAUAUGGCCUAACUGAUGACUCUCUAAAAACUAACUGGGCCCAUACAGACAGCAGGGUUGCAACCAGAGCUGAAUGGUGUUAUGCUGGUGUCACCCGCAUUAACAAUGCACAAUGGAGUUGUUUCAUGGACUUGGUAGAAAUCAUAUUUUUUCUCAAGUGAUUAAAGUGUCUAGCUCUUGCUACAUGUAUUUGUCAGGUAGUACAUAAGGUUUGCAGGGUUUAUAAGCUUAUACAGAUCAUCGUUAUGGAGGAAAAGUAACAGUAAUACUCAAUGAAUUUCAAAAGACAGGCAUAGAUUCUUUGUGAUUAAUCUGAAAUGGAUUACUAGAAAUUACAGAAAAAAGGUAAAACACCUUGUUGAAGACAUUGUAUGAAAAACAAGUUCUCUGAUUUUUGCCUUUGGGAAAGCAUCAUCUUUAGUAAUAAUCGUGGUUUUUCUUUUGGCUUUGGGUUUUCUAUGCAAACAAUCCUCUAUUGUUUUGAUUUUCUUUAGAAUCAUGAACUCUGAAAUUGUGUAAAGUUAGUAAUAAGAUGCUUGCUUAGUCUCAGAUUAUGAUUAAUAGUCUGGGAGGCUGUUUUAAUGUCAGAAAUGGUCAAGUAAUUACACACAGUACUUACGACUGUUAAUAAGCACACUGUCCUAUCAGUAAGUGUCUGAAAAUAAACCUGUUAGCCCUGUCCUUUUUAAAAGAUUACCAGAUAAUUUACUCAUUUCUAAAAGAACUUUUCAGGCUCUAACAAAUGCCGUUUCCCUCCUAGAGAAUCUAAACGUAAGUAGCACAGUACUGCACAUUCAGGGAAAGUGAAAAAUGUGAUGUCAAAGUAGCUCUUUCUUAGGUUUGACUGAAAAAUGAUUGUUGCAUGAAGUGUUUGUUUCCAGUUUUAGCAGAAGUAAUUAAACGCAGUAGGAUUACCUAAGAUAUUAUCAGAAUGGGGACCACAAGCUAGCCUGCUGACUCAGGAAGCUAUAGGAAGAAUGACUGUAUCUAUUUCUUUUCGCUGGUUUGCUGACAUGUUGAGGAUUAAGU